GACCCGCGGCAGCACUCAGAGAUCGGGCGCGAGCAGCCUCAGGAUGUCUUAAAAAAGUAUUUCAGUGGAUAUUAAGCCCUUUUUCAAAACGGAUGGAUUGCACUGCUUCCUUCCCCUCGGACUUCUGGAAAUCUGAGAGGGUAUUUUACGCACACUUGCGAGCGCUCAACGUGAACCACUGAAUGUCCGGAUUAACAAACCUUGUGGAUCUUUUCAGGGAGCACGAGACACGUGAAUUAGAUGGAUAUGCGAAUCAAAUAGGUUUCCCGGAAGGCGGAAUAUUUUCUAGGCUACACUUGCAGCCCGCAUGGCUUUGCCAAACUCACCAGGGUCUCCCGGAGCCGGGAAGCCCAACCCCAGCCUUAUAGAGCUGGGGACAAUCUUCGUCGACUCAGACAUCAUAUUUGGGUUUACAAGUCACCUGCUGAAGAGAAAAACGAAGGUGGAGGGAUGUCCGAGUGGAGAGUCUCCAGCGACCCCCAGGAAAAGGCUCCUCUCCGCGGACGAAGCGCGAUGUAGCAGCCGACCCCCUCCUGAGGGCGCCGGGUCGGUUUCCAUCUCCGAGUCGGAGGAGAAAGGAGGAUUUUGCCAACAAUGCCAGAAGAAAGUGUCAGAGCUCAAGAAGCAAGCUCUAGCGCUGGCUGACCAAAACUCACUGAAGGACCCUGGGUAUGCCGCCUUCCUGUUCGAUCAGCUUCAAACACCUGGGAUCCACGAACCCGGAUGUUGCCAGGUGUGCUCCACGCCCCUCCGCCAACUGAGGCAGGAAGCGCUGCAGACGCUCCAAGCCCCUGUCCUCGCCUUCAGCUCAGACAUGACGACCUUACCCACGAGAUCCUAUUUGCCGCAGCCUUCCAGACUGGCCGUGUCGUCCUCCAGCGUCCAUGCGAAGCAACUGUCAAAAACCCAACCCGCCGCCCGCUCCGUCCUGCCGCUGGGGGAGCGGCACAGGGUGCCAGGCUGGUCCCAGAGCCCCUCCGUCGUCACUUCAGGACCCAAAACCAGCGUCCAGGUGACGGUAGCGGGAGGGCAGCUCGCCGGAUCUCUGAGUACCGUCACCAUCCAAGCGCAGCAGUACCUCGAGGGCAUGUGGAGCAUUUCCAGGGUCAACAACUUCAUCCCUCAGCCUAAACCGGUCCAUGGUUUGAUGGGGGACGCAGACAGUGAUGUCACAGCCGCGGAGGCCCCUGUCGCCACCAUGACCAGCACCGCCAGCAUCAUCAGCGGCAGCAGCAGCAGCAGCAGCACCCUGACGCCCUGCCGACUGAGGAGCUCCAGUCAAGCGGGACUCCCAGCGCCCGUCGCCAGUACAUCCACCUCCCCCUCUCCUUCCUCAUCGGCAGCAGCCUCCUUCUUCAUUAGGGCAGCUCAGAAGCUGAAUCUGUCCUCCAAACGGAAGAAACAUCAGCCCUCGCUGCUCCACCCACAGGAGCCCUCCAUCUACCCGACCAACUUCAGCGGCAUCCUGCAGGUCUCGCCGCCCCCGGCCCCACCAUGCCUGCUCCGAGCCGUGUCCAAAGUGAAAGAGAACCCAGGGAUGGGAAAGGUGAAAGUCAUGAUGCGUAUCUGUCCGUCUCUGGAGGCUGCAGACUCCUCAGAGUCUCAGUCCUUCUUGAAAGUAGACAGCAGAAAGAAGCAGCUGACCCUCUACGACCCCGCGUCCAGCCCACACUCCGGUUCAGGGCACAGGAGAUCCGCCACUGUGGCCGUCCCAAAGAUAUUCGCCUUCGAUGCUGUUUUUACCCAGGAUGCCUCUCAAGUUGAGGUGUGCUCAGGGACGGUAGCCGAGGUCAUCCAGUCCGUGGUGAACGGUGCAGACGGCUGCAUCUUCUGUUUCGGCCAAGUCAAGCUCGGCAAGACAUACACCAUGAUUGGCAAAGACAGCUCCACUCAGAGUCUAGGCAUUGUGCCCUGUGCCAUUUCCUGGCUCUUCAAGCUCAUCAAUGAGCGCAAGGAGAAGACGGGUACGCGCUUCUCAGUCCGCGUGUCUGCUGUGGAAAUCUUUGGAAAAGAUGAGGAGCUGAAGGACUUGCUGUCUGAGGUGUCAACAGGCAGCCUGCAGGAAGGCCAGUCUCCGGGAAUCCACCUCAGAGAGGAUCCCAUCUGUGGCACUCAGCUCCAGAAUCAGAGCGAGCUUCGCGCCCCGACUGCAGAGAAAGCUGCCUUUUUCCUGGAUGCAGCCAUCGCGGCACGCAGCACCAGCAGACCGAAUGCUGAUGAGGACGAGCGACGCAACUCCCACAUGCUGUUCACACUGCACAUUUACCAAUACCGCAUGGAGAAAAGUGGCAAAGGCGGAAUGUCGGGAGGACGGAGCCGGUUGCACCUCAUCGACUUGGGGAGCUGUGAAAAGGUCCUGAGUAAAAGCAGAGAAGGAGGGGGAGGCUUGUGUCUGUCCCUGAACGCACUGGGAAACGUCAUAAUGGCUUUAGCAAAUGGAGCAAAACACGUACCUUACAGGGACAGCAAACUGACGAUGUUGUUGAGAGAGUCCCUUGGAAACAUCAACUGCAGAACCACCAUGAUUGCCCACAUCUCUGAUUCCCCGGCCAACUAUGCCGACUCCCUCACCACUAUCCAGCUGGCGUCCCGCAUCCACCGCAUGAGGAAGAAGAAAUCUAAGUAUGCAUCCAGUUCAUCUGGAGGGGAAAGUUCCUGUGAGGAAGGGAGGAUCCGCCGGCCACCCCACCUCAGGCCCUUUCACCCUCGGACAGUAGCCCUGGACCCGGACCUUCCCUCCCUGCUCAGUGACCCGGACUACUCCUCAAGUAGUGAACAGUCAUGUGAUACUGUUAUUUACGUGGGGCCUGGGGGAACAGCGAUCUCAGACAGAGAGCUUAGUGACAAUGAAGGUCCACCGGCCUUUGUUCCAAUCAUCCCAUCUCUGAACAAGAAGAAGACUGUAAAAGAGGGCCCUCUGGACAGAGACCAGUUCUUUAAAUGCAACACGUUUGCUGAGCUGCAGGAGAGGCUGGAGUGUAUAGAUGGCAGUGAAGAACCAAAUGCAUUUGUUGGAGAGGGCAAGCGAUCCCAGGGUAGCCCUAAGAUCGACAAAUCUAAGGAGAGCCAAGGCUCGGUUUCACCAAAGACUGUUGCAAAUGUUUCUCACAACCAAGAGGGCAUCUCACUUAAUCAGUCUCCUAAAUCUGUCCCCACACAACCGUCCUGCAGUCCCAACACUAAAUCUAAAGUGGACAAUGCCAAGGGGUUACCUGCAGAAAGGAUAUCAUCAGAGAGUGUUCAUAAUAUAUGCAGAACCAGUGCUGAUGGUGAGAAGGCCUUGGUUUCUGAAAGCCAAGUUUGUACAAAUAAGCAGGCAGCGCCAAGCUCUGAGCCUGUGGUGAGGGAGAAGGUCUACUUCAACAAGAAAGCCUUGCCAAAGCCGGCCCCACCUCCUACACAGCAGAGAGAAAAUGCAGACCACGAAGAAAGAUCCAGUACUCGAAUGCCACCUGUGGGAAUGAGUCACCAAGCAGUGAAAAGAAGAGACCCUUGCACUUCUCCCUUCAUAAGAGGUCCAGUGGAGGUGUGCCAGGUGCGCUCCACCUUAAGGGAAAGAUGUUUGGAUCGGGAUAUCCUCAGAGCUACUGUCACCCUGCAGCAGCCCGUGGAGUUAAAUGGAGAGGAUGAGUUGGUGUUCACUGUGGUGGAGGAGCUGUCAAUUGGCAGUAUAGUAGAUAAGGGUCGGCCAUCAAGCAUUAUCAGCUUUAACAGUGACUGCUCUCUUCAGGCCCUGGCUUCUGGUUCCCGACCUGUCAGUAUCAUUAGCAGCAUCAACGAUGAAUUUGAUGCCUACACAUCAGCCAUGGGUGGAUCAGAGGUGAACGUUACAGUGGUUACACCCCUUCAGGAGGGAGCAACGGAGUGUAUAGACAGCAGGGGUUCAUCUAUCAGUUCUUGGCUGAGUGAAGUUAGUGUCUGCACCUUGGAAAGUGAAGGGGCUCAUUCUACGGAUGUCUUCCUUCCACAGGCAAAACACAUGGGACCAGAAGCCACCUUUUAUUUUGAUUCCCUGGACAUGUUUCAUUGUGUAUCCUCUCCGAGAGAUGCCAAGAACUCCUUAAAUGACAGCGGAUUUAGUUUUUCUGAACUAGACAGCGAUAGUGCUGCCUCAAGCAAAGUGUCAUUGACAAAGUGUCCCCCUUCACCAGAAUUGGCAAAAGGCUCCCUUAGAUUCACAUCUAAAAUAACAAAAGCUCACUCACUCAGCUCAUCCCCUCUUCCACAAGGCCCCUCCAUAGUCCACUCUAGUCUUCCAAGGAAGAUUAAACCUACCUCAUCCAUCUCUCAUAGUAGUAGCAGCAGCAGCGGUAGUAGAGAGCCACCAAGGCAAGAGGUUAAGCAGGAAGAUCCUUGGCAGCGCAAUGUCAGCCACUCAGAACCUCAGUUUUCUGACUCCAGCAGCACCAGCAGAUUUCUUAGAAACCCCCCCAGUGGCAUCCCUUCUGGCAAAACCAUCAACAGCAGCAACAGUGUACCUCGCCCACCUAAGGUGCAGGGGUCUACCUCAUCGCAGAGGGUGGUCGAUGGCUGUGAGAAGUCAGCCACAAAGAAUCCACCCAGUAAAAUGCCUCAGCUGAGACGAGGUGCUACCACCUUGGGAACAGUGCCCGUCAUCCAUUCCUCCGCUGACUACAAGGGAACCCAAGAUAUCACUGCAUCCACCACAAGCCUUAAAUUCUCCUCUCUGGGGAAAAACAACAAGGCUAACUCACAAAAAGCGAGCAAUCUCCCUAAACCUGGCUGCACCUCACCUCCUCCCCCUCCAGUGAGAAAAUCCAGUCUUGACCAUAAGACUAAGUCCCUGCUGCCCCAAAGUGCCUUAAAGUCAGCAUACGGGGAGGCAGGGAGGACCUCUGGAGCAAGGGCAGCUGUAUCAGAGGAUGAGCUUGAGGUACGCCACAGAGUAGACUCUACAAGUUAUAAAACCUCCAGCCUCAACACAGCCAAAGUGACCUCCAGUCUCAAGGCCAGAGGGCCUAGAGGAGAAGCUGGGCAGCAUUAUGGCAGUCAGAUGUCGCUGGAAAGGUGUGAAAGCCUCUCUCUAUCAGGUUCCAGAGCAGCGCUUAGUAGGGAGAAUAGUGGAGCAAGUCUGGGGAGCAGCAGUACCAAAUCCAGCAAGUCUAUUCCGAGGUUUGGUAUUCCUAAUUCAUCCAGCUCUCCUAUAGCUACCUGCCCAUCUUCCCCAAGUGGAGGAAAUAUAAGCAAACCUGGUCAAGUAAAAGCUUCUGUAAAUCCCAGAGCAUUAGGAACAAUUAAUGGUAGUAAGGCACGAUCAUUGUCAGCCAACAGCUCCAAGGGCCUAAGCUCCUCCACAAAGUCUUUGGCCUCUCCUGUGACCAGAAAUACCAAUGCCAACCUCCCUCCGUCAGGUCGCACAUCAGCCCCUCGGACCACUGCUGCCGUCACUAGCAAGCCUGGAAGAGGGACUAUCAUGGGCACAAAGCAGGCUAUUAGGGCUGCAAAUAGUCGUGUGAGCGAACUGGCAACAGGCAACAUAUCAGGCAAACACGUGAGAGGUUCAGGAGAUUCAGACAGUGGGAAUGACAGUGGGGUGAAUGUGAAUGAAGACAAAGCCCCCAUUGCCAUGCUGCCCUCCCCAUACAGCAAAAUCACGGCACCUAGGCGGCCUCAACGCUACAGUAGUGGCCAUGGCAGCGACAACAGCAGUGUGUUGAGCGGGGAACUGCCUCCAGCUAUGGGCCGCACGGCUCUAUUCUACCACAGCGGUGGCAGCAGCGGAUAUGAAAGCAUGAUCCGUGACAGUGAAGCCACUGGCAGUGCUUCCUCUGCGCACGACUCCAUGAGCGAGAGCGGCAUUUCUACUUCAGGAAGAGCAAGGUGCUCCAAGUAUCCCAAGAAAAGAGCAAAUGGCUUCCAGAGAAGACGACUAAUCCCGGCACCUCUGCCAGACACCUCAUCACUGGGGAAAAAGGCUGGCACGGCAGGUCAGUGGGUGGACUUGCCCCCUAUGUCUGGCCCACUGAAGGAGCCCUUUGAGAUCAAGGUGUAUGAGAUCGAUGAUGUGGAACGGCUCCAAAGACGGCGUCAGGAGGAAACCACAGAGCAACCAUUCCAAGAUGUCGACAAGGGUCUGAUGUAUUUUAACAGUAAGCUGAAGAUGCUGGAGAGAAGGCAACAGCAAGUGAGGGAACUGAGGGCAAAGCAUGAGGUGUUGUUGGAGGAGCUGGAAGACACCAAAUCCAGACUAAUGAUGGACCCCAGCAAGUGGAUAGGAGAGUUUGAGGUGGACCAGAAUUUGGAUAAAGAGUCUGCAGAGUACCUGGAGGCUUUGGCUCAGGCCACAGAGGAGCUAGAGUUCUGUGUCAACCUAUGCAAGUCCCGUGUGAUGAUGGUGACCUGCUUCGACAUCAGCAUGUCAACACCAGGCACUCAGGAGGGACUGCGUGAAGUCGAAGUCUGAGGACAAAAAGAAAGUCGGGGUGGAAAUGGAAGAGGAGGUGAGAAGAAGACAAAAGUAGAUGAAAUGUAGCAGUCAGUCUAUAGACGUCACUGGAAUGAAGAGCAAGAGGCAGAGGUGAGAUGGAGAGUGGAUCUUCACGUGAAAACAGAGGAGACCACGACCACCCAGCUACAGUGCCUCGUUGUGGCAGAGAACACAUGGCGGAGAAUCGGAACGUGAGCACAAAUGCUGUUGCCAGUACGGCAAAGCAGUGGCCAUCACUUACUCAAAAGUCAAUGAACAACACCUGGAAGUGCCUUUUUUUACUCUUUUCUUUUGAGUCAUUAUUUUCCACAUGGUGCAGGUAUCUUAAGCGUACCUAAGCAAAACCCUGAACAUAUUGCUUUUGAGAAAAAAUAUUUUAUAUUCCAUUGUAUAGUGUAUUUAAAUGAAUAUGUGGUGUGUACAAAUAUCCUUUCAAGGCAAAAAGAAAGAAAAAAAAAGAAAAAGCAAUAAGCUAAUGUUAUUGCGCUCCCAAACUUUGCCUUUUCUCUUGUUUCAAACCUCAGUCAGCAUUUUAUCCAUGUUCAUUCAGCCUCUUGCGCCUUAUGUUAACUCUCUGGUUCUGUAGUUUUCUAGGAUUUCAAACUGGACUAUGUUAUCUCAUCAAGGACUGCAUUUGCUGUUGUCACUCAUCUCCUGCCAACUAGCCUCUGAAGGCUUGCAGGUAGAGUGAAUGUUUUUUUCCUCCAGUUGCCUUGAUCAAAAUCGGUCUCAGUGGAUGCACUAAGGUAGAGCGGUGGUCAGAGAGCUUAUCCAAGCUGUGCUUGCCCAUGUUUAUAUCACUGAAAAUGAGAGAUUAAGCCAAAACAUAUCAAUCAGAAGAGCACUGUGACGGACAGUGAGUGAAAUUCUUGAUUCAGCCAUUCUCUCUGGUGCCUCAGUAUGUGGUCACGUGACCACGAGAGACGCAACCUUCCCUACACUCACCUAUGAUGAAUGGUUACACUGAUAGCUGCGCUCAUCGGUGUAAGUCCACUUUCUCUCCAAAUGUGUUUGGACUGGGUUUUUUAUGUACUAUAAAACAAAGCGGCACAGAUAAGACAGCACAAGUCUGCCAGCCUCGUAUACAGUCAUUUAUCCAAGCCUUGGCUCUAUGCAUUCCAAUACAUUUACUGCAACUACUUAAAGAACCUCAAUACUGACUUAAGGGCAACAACACAGUUUGGUCCCUAUUCAACUCCUUUUUUAAAACACUCAAAGUAACAACAUUGAACUAGUGUCUCACGCAAAGAAUUGUGAGUUUCCCAUGAAAGGAUGAAAGGAUGCGGUGAAUAAGAGCAAAUGGUCGUGGUAUUGUUCAGCAAAAUCAAUCAUGUUAUCAGCUCUUUGUAGCUGCCAGAAUGUGCUUGUGAGUCAAACAGCUGACACGGAGAGAGCAAAGAUGAUCAGUGAAAAUGAUUGUUAAGACAAACAGACUGGCUUUGGUGUAUCUGGGUGUGUUUGAUUUCUAUAUCUAUGACAAAUAUGAUGUUGUUUUCUUUCCUUUACAAAGAUGUACUCUCUCAGGCCCUCUCUGAAGAUGCUGCAUGAGAUUUUUUUAAUCAUUUUUUUAGAAUGAUUUCUACGCCAUUUUUACCAUUCUAAUUUUUUACAACUAUUUCAGUUUUCUCUAAUGUGGGGUUAGGCUCAUAAAUGAAAUUAAUAUAACCAAACCAAGACCUUUUUCCAAGAAAUGAUUAUAUGUGAGGUCAUAUUUCAUAUCAAAACCCAUAUUUUCUAAUAUCUUUGUUUUUGUAUAGGAUUUUCAAACCCUGUGUAUAAAUGUAUAAUACGGCAGCUUGUGUUUUACUUUUACAGUACCUGUGAAUAAAAUGUUUCUUCUUA